UCCUUCCUCCAGGGGGCGCUGUAGCGUUGCCUGACUCGGGUUAAACCUCCCAAAUUGGCGCGCCGUCUGUUGGAAUCGCAUCACUCUUUUGCUCCUGAUGGCGGCCACGGGUGGGAUGAGUGGAUCCGGAGCGAGGGCAUCGUGGAGGAAAGACGGCAUGGAGGAUCCAAGAGAGCAGCAGCUUCAGCAACAUUACCCAUUGCCCACUGCGCCUAGCUCUCCUUAUCAUGGAGAAACAGAUGAAAAGACAAGCCUGAUUUGUAAACUGAGGCAUAAACAAGGAACUAGCAACCUUUCACCAGCUAUGUUUAAUGUUAUCAACUCUAUUAUAGGAUCUGGAAUGAUAGGGCUCCCCUAUUCAUUGAAGCAAGCUGGCUUUCCAUUAGGAAUACUACUGCUGUUAGGUGUUGGAUAUAUCACAGAUUAUUCUAUUAUUCUGUUGAUUAAAGGAGGGAAUCUGUCUGGAACAAACAGCUACCAAGCGCUGGUCAAUAAAUCAUAUGGUUUUGUGGGACACCUAAUUCUCUCAGCUCUCCAAUUUUUAUAUCCCUUUAUUGCCAUGAUCAGCUACAACAUUAUAACAGGAGAUACUUUGACAAAAGUUCUCCAAAGGAUUCUUGGAGAUAAUCCCUUCUUUGGUCGCCAUGCCAUUAUUCUCUGUGUUACCAUCAUCUUCACACUUCCUCUGUCUCUGUAUCGAAAUAUAUCAAAACUGGCAAAGGUAUCAUUUAUCUCUCUGAUUUUAACAGUCAUCAUUCUGGUGAUUGGGAUUAUAAGGGCAAUUACAUUCAGUGCAAACAUAUCUCCAACAGAAAAUCCCUGGGUGUUUGCAAAGCCAAACGCUGUACAGGCCAUUGGGGUGAUGUCAUUUGCAUUCAUUUGCCAUCACAACAGUUUUUUAAUAUAUGGCUCUUUGAAAGAACCCACGCUUAGCAACUGGACUCGUGUCACGCAUGUGUCUGUUUCAUUUGCUGUGCUUGUCAGCUUGGUGUUUGCUACAUGUGGAUAUCUGACAUUUAAAGAAUAUACAGAAGGAGACAUAUUUGAAAAUUACUGCAGGGAUGAUGACCUUGCUACAUUUGGAAGGUUUUGUUAUGGAAUCACCGUUAUCCUGACUUUUCCAUUAGAGUGUUUUGUUACCCGGGAGGUCAUUGCAAAUGUACUUUUCAGUGGGAACCUCACAACGUUUUACCACAUUGCUGUGACCAUAGUGGUUGUUGCUGUAGCUACAAGCAUCUCUUUGGUGUAUGAUUGCUUGGGAAUAGUAUUGGAACUAAAUGGGGUGCUCAGUGCUACACCACUGGUGUUCAUUCUGCCUGCAGCCUGUUACCUGAAGCUGUCUGAAGAGCGAUGGAUUCAUUCUGAUCAUCUUCUCUCUGGCCUGAUCCUCACCAUUGGUGUGGUGGUGAUGAUGGUUGGCUUUGUUAUGACAAUCCUCCAUCCCCAGGAAUGUAGCCAUGGGAAAGAAAUGCCAUACUGCUUUCUUGGAAACUCCUCCCUCUACAAUAAUACAGUUCCAUCUUCUCAGCAAAUUCAUCUACCAUGAACAGGAAAUACCUCACAAAGGGCCAGGAUGACACUGAUUGGAAACAAGCGUUUCUCUUUUUGUCAUUUAUUUAAAGCUCGUGAUUUCUCCCUAAUGCUGGGACUCAGGGAUGGGAUAAAAAAUAAAUCUAGCUAAAAACAUAUAAAAUAAAUUAAAAUAGUAUUUGACUGACUACCUAUGAAAGUCAGCAUGGUAUAGUAAUUUUGAGUGUUGGACUAUGACUCUGGAGACCAGGGCUACAAUCCCCACUCAGCCAUGGAAACCCACUGAGUAACUGGCAAAGUGUCAUACUCUGAGCUUCAGAGGACGGCAAAGACAAGCCCCCUCUCAACAAAUCUUGCUAAGGAAAUCCCAUCAUAGGUUCACCUUAGGUUUUUCAUAAGUUAGAAACAACUUGAAGGCACACAACAACAAACUAUAACAUUCAAAACAUGGGUGGUCAAAAUUUGGCCCUUUGGCAUGUGGAGCUCCAUCUCCAGCUCUUCCCUGGCCAAAGAAAGAUGUUGAAUUGCCACUCCUGGAAGAGUCCAAGUACAAGUUACCAUUUGUAUAGCAUUUAAGUCUUCCAUGUACUGCCUAAUGUUUUGAAAACCUGAGUGGACUUCCAGCCAUUUUGGAGUUUGGGUUAAUUUGGUUUUCAUAGUCCAAAAACCUCUCAAACAAACAAACCAGCAGAUCUCAGAGCAUAAGAGUGGCCCCUGGACUUACUGAAGUUGACAACUUCUGAUUUAAACCAUGAGAGGCAAAUAGUAAAAUAGUAAUAGUUGUGUAUUUCAGCUUACUAAAACAUUUUCGAGUGUGAGUGGUAAGGGGUGCAAAGUGUUGGUGCUGUGGAGUCACCCUAAAAUGAAAAAAUACUGAUCUUGCAUUCUUCAGUAUGAAAUCAGAGACUAGGGUCCUUUAAAUUCAGCUGCUGAAAUAUUUGAGUGCCAAGACAGCAUAAGGGGGGUCUGAUGGUUGUUAACACCAAUAUAUUUCAGAUAACUUUCUUAAUGGGUGUAUCAGAUCCAUCCCAUAUCAAAGAUUGCCUGGAUAAGAUCUCUUUGCAAAGCAAAGAAACCAUUCACAUUUCAUAUUCAAAUAGCUUCCAUGGAAAGAAACAAUAAUUUAUAUUCUUCAACCUUAUUGAGUACAACACUUUGCAAAAGAUAUUUUUGUUGUAUACACCGAACGGUUGUUGUGUUGUGCCCUGCAUAGCUGGCUAAUAACUGAAUGUGUGUGUGUGUUUUCUUUGUAAAUCCCUUUGUAAUUCUCAGUUAUUGGCUAUUGAGUUCUGGGUUUGGUUAAAUAUUUCUUUGUCCUUGUAGAUGGCUUUUUACAAUUUUGUCCCAAACUGUAGUGAAAAACCAAUAUUUUUAUUGGUAGCAUUCAUUUUGGGAAUGGGGAGACUUGGAAAAAAAUAAAAUACUUUUUUUCUAAA